ACGUUCAGUGUUGCCAGCGCGUGUGGUGUUAAGGCUCCGACUCGCAUGCCACCGUUGCUUCUUGUGGAAGACUGGCAGUGAGUUAGAAUACGCCGUGACAGGAGGGAGUUGGAUUAUUCUUUGUUGCCUACUUUGGACAAAACCACUUUCAUUCAGAAUGGGGGAACACACGUGCGUCGUGAGCUACUGCUGUUGUGGAUGCAACCUCAGGAGUGGAUCGCUGUCCAUCGGCAUUGUUGUGCUGAUCUUUUCCCUGCUGAGCGCCAUCUACAAUGUCAUUGAAAGCGUCAAAACCGGCAAUGCCAGUGGAUGGAUCGGCUUCGCCAUCAAUCUGUUCGUCGUCAUCGUGUCGUGUUUCCUCAUCCAGGGAAUCCGUCAGGAGCGACGUGGCUAUGUCAUGUCCUGGGUGAUUACAAUGGUGGUGAUCAUCAUCAUCAACAUCAUUCUCUCUAUCAUCAUCCUGAUCACCACCUUUAACCUCAUCUUCGGCCUCAUCGUGCUGGUGGUCAUGGGUGUUUACAUAUAUUUGGUGGUGGUGGUUCGCUCGUACGCCCUGACGCUUGGCUCCAGCGCUGGCGUGGCCUAAACCAGAACCACCACACUCCAGCACCCCGAGGCUAUUCCGGUGGGAGGGAAUGCUGCACCACCUCGACCUGUGCUUCCUCACUGCAGUGCCUACUAUACUAGCAGUGCACAAAAAGCAAAGCGUUUCAUUAGUACAUUCACUCCCUUUUUGGAUAAAGUAGGUCAGUAAAGAGUUUAUCAAGACUUAUAUUUUGCUACCUUUUCGACCAAGUUUGUCUUAACACUAUUGUUACUGUGAAUGUUUUGUAGACACACACACACACACACACACACACACACACACACACACACACACACACACACACACACACACACACACACACACACACACACAUUAUGCAACACGAUUCAGUCGUGUAGAUACCAACAACUGACAAAAAGUGUACAAUACGCUAAUGUAAUACUAUGUAAUUACAAAGCGUAGGUCGAGACCUCCCUGAAAGUAACACCAGUAUUACUAACAACGGAUGCCCGAGGCUAGCAGGGAAAAGAUGAACACUGUGUUGGCAAAAAGCCAUAGAUUGUCAGGGUGAGCAGAGCAGAUGUCGGUACUCAUGUACAACUGACCGUCGUCCCAUGUUUGCCUUCUGCAGCACUUAACUGUGACCCCGCAAAAAAAAAAAAAAAAAAAAAAAUCAUGAUAGUUGAUAAAAUAAAAAAAAAAAAUAAAUAAAUAAAGUGAAUAAACCAAGUGACACUUAUAUUUGAUGUGAAUCAAUAUGUAACCAAAUCUGUACCAUUCGUAAAACUUAGUUUGAAGCCAAAUUACACUAUAUUCCUUUGGCUGCGAGAGUUCAAACGCUAUUUCGUCUACUGGCCCAAUAGUUGGGCAGCAAAACAUUAUCUUCGUGCUUGUAUUAUUGUAGUCAGGCUCAUUAUAUAGCAGCCGGUGUGUUCAUUAGUGUGUAAGACUAGCACCAACACGUGUUUGUGUUCUUCAGGAACCGCUGUUGUGUCGUGAGAAGCAAUCUAGUUUUGUUAUGAAGAAUAUUCCAGUUUUGCAUUUGCCUAUCAGCUGCAGAAGGACCAAAAAACGCAAGGUGCCGUGCGUGCUUAAUGUUCUUGAUGUGACUCAGACGUCUCAGAUUACUAUUUGUUGUGCCUGCUAGGAAUUACUGGGGCCUUGUCUCUAUUUCUAUUGCUCUUUGUGUGACAAUCGCUUGUGGUAAGUUUCUCCCCCAAAAAUGCAUCAUUUAUUAUAUUACGAAAGUAAGUCACUUUUUUUAUAUAAAGCAUAUACAUUUUUUUUCCUGUUAAUCACAUCUUUCUUGCUUUGCUUGAGUUGAAGUACAAUGAAGAUGAUGGGUAAUGUGCAAUAGGAAAGAUAAGGGCAGGCCUUCGUGAUUACUGUGCAUUGUGUUGUCACAUGGUUAACUAGAAUAAGGAUUCCUACUCUCCCAUUCUCCGUUGCAGUUGAGUACCUUUAUGCUAAAGAAUUAAGUUUUGUUUGACAGAGAUCACCAUAAAAAAAGCUUAAAGAUUUUAAUAAAGGAAAUUAUGUAUUGUUACUCUUUUGCAAGUUUAAACUUCAGUGUUUAUGUAAUUUGCUACAUUUGCUAUGAUAUUUUCUCUUAAUAAAACAAUAAAAAUGUU